ACACUCAUUCGAAAACACACCUAUGAAUCCCUGGAUAGGAAAGCCUCGAACCGAUCGUGGGAGAAACUGUUGGCAGUUUUGCGAAAUAAUGAACUUUCAUUCUACAAGGAUGCAAAGCACAAAGAGGAGGGCGCAACGUUCCAUAACGAACCGGCUGUCAGUUUACCGGGAUGUUCUGUAAACGUAGCACAAGACUAUCAAAAGAAGAAGAACGUGCUGUCGUUACGAAUGCCGGUUGGAGCCGAAUACCUCUUGCAGUGCGCUAGUGAGGAGGAUUGUCAACGCUGGUUGACCGAAUUGCAGUUGGCGACGGGUCAAGCGCAUUUGGAAGAAGGCUCACGAUCGCAAACGUUGCCAGAAGGUGCACAAGCGAAAGCGAAGAAAUCAGGCUUCUUUUCACGGAGCAAAAAGUAG